UUCAAGACAUUCCAGAAACUGUGGCGUUCAAAUAGACUUCCUUUCGAGAAUGCCAUACGUUCGGCACUGCAAGAGAGUUAUGGUAAUCGUGGGAUGAAUGUAUACGUAAGACGAUCUGCGAAUGCCCAGCGGAUAUGCACCGGUUUAUAUGGAACUGACAGUGUUAUAGAUCGACUGUUGAUGGACGUAACUUUGACUGGCUUUCCAAACCUCGUCAUGCCCCAGGUGACCUUUGCUUUGUCAUCAAACUUCCUACGCGUGGAAGCUGGCCUCAGUAGAAUGAUAUUGGAAGCCAAGUAUGCGUUGUUCAGAAACGCAUCCGAUGUGGUACACUCGGCUGGAGAACAGGCUAUAGACAAAUCGCCUUUCAGCUAUGUACAGGUGCAACCUUAUGGAGAGUUGGCUAUAGUAGCUGAAGAUUGUGCGAUAGAUGGUUUUGUGGUGACCAAAUUGAGUGGAAUGACAAUUAACUUGGGCCACGACACAUUUCGAGUACAAAAUUGUAAAUUCACUGUGGAGAUUUCUUCUCAAACUCAGCCGCCGGUCAUAGCACCAUAUUUUACAUUCGAACAGACUAAACAGUUACAAAAUCUGCUCACUAGACCAAUACGCGCAGAAAUGAUGCCAAAACUUCAAGCAGCAGUGUUCAGUUACAUCAAUACAUCGCUUAUAUUUGGGCCCCAUUUGCCUAAAUUCCGGUAAGACUCCGUAAUGUUAACACACACAUCAAGAAUGUAAUGGUAGAUCAUCAUCAUCAGGAGCGGCGUUAGGGUAGGACACGGUUAGGCGACCGUCCAGGGGCGCCAGGCAGGGCCGGCCCAUCCAUACGGCGAACGGAGCAGUAGAGGGCGUCUAAAUGAUAAUCCUACUCAACCGUAGACGGUACUGCGCCUGAUUUUCAAUUGGUCACCCCAGAGUAUGGUCGAGAUCUUCGCGCUCCAUUCUUACUUUACACUCAUAAUUUGGUAUAGGUAUCUACAUAUUAUUAGGAGC